AUGUCUGCCCGCCCGCUCCCGCCCUUCCUGCCGGACAGCGUCGAGUCAUUCCGUGACCAUGCCCCGGAACACCUAGACGAUUGGUUCGAAUACUUCCGGAACGUUUAUACCUACGCCGAGAACGCCCAGAACCGUAUAUCCCAGCUGGAGAAUGAGACCCAGAACAUGAAGGAUAAACAUCAAGGACUCGAACAAUCCCUGCAACAAAUCACCACUGAGCGUAACUUUGCCCGAGCCCAGCUCGAGCCCUAA